AUGCGAGGUUGCCGAUCGUCCGGAGUCUCUCCCAUAAGCGUAGCGACGAUAGUCUUGAAGGUGGGCAACGGCCUUGGCUUACAAGACUUAGACGUGCCAGCGCCAAAAAGAAUGCGAAUGGAAUCACCAGAAGGUUUCUUCGAGGGACGGGGAGCGAACAUUGCUGGAUCCAAGUCCUUCAGUGGUACCUCUGGUGGUACCUCUGGUGGUACCUCUGGCGGCGGUAUAGCUAAACGUAUCCCUGACCAUGUUAGCGCGGACAGUACAGCUAUUUCGUUGAAUGAUUUCGGUAACGAUCUCGGUAACGUUUCGAUACAAGAUUGUCUGUUCGGUGAAGCUUCCUCCUUUGAUGAUUUGUUCGUGUAUUUGAGGCAUCACGAUGAAGCUGUUUCCCUUGACGCAAUCGACGGUCUUCUAAAACUGGGGAGUCGUGCGGAAGGGGGUAGUAAUGCGGAAGGGGGUAGUAAUGCGGAAGGGGGUAGUCUUGCGGAAGAGGGUAGUCUUGCGGAAGAGGAAACGUGUGCUCUUCCUCCCUGUGUAGUUAUCGCCCCAAAUGAGAAGGACUUGCAAAUACCGAUAAGACUGGUGAAAUGGGCUUAUGAUGUAUUAUGGAAAGAUUGGAGAGCUUUGGUUCCAUUCGACAUUACGGGAUUGACGGUUUUUGGUGUGGCUAAAAAUGCUAUGGAUUGUGAGAAUAUGGAAGAUAUAAAUUUCAUAUUACCAGCAAGUCGUUAUAUGAUUCAGUGUCCAUCUCAAAGGAGUGAAAAUGAAGGAUUUCAGAAAAUGGUUAAAUCAGGUUAUUUGAAUCGGGAUAUUUUUGUGAAGAAUUCCACACGCAGGAUUGCAUUGAAAAGAGUGAAUGAUUCAGUUGAGGAGAUCUUGCAGCUCUUGGCCGAUCGUUGGGGAGACAAGUUUCAAAUUGCCACGGUAGAUGAGGCAAAACUCCGGAUUAGCCCGUCGUGCUUGGUAUGGGCCUACGACGUUAAAAAAUAUGGCUGGUGGAAGACGGUACCCAAAGGUAUAGAUCCGAUCCGGCUGUCAGUCUUCGGCUUAGCCAAGGCCGUCGAGGGAAUUCGGAGCCAAGCGUAUACCUUGUCAGCCUACUGUUAUUCAUGCUCAGAAGAUGAGAGACAACACCGGGACGGAAACGGAUGUGAGAGAUGCGAAGGCGCCUGGGACCUAGUAGAGUUUUGGGAGUGGCUGGUUUCAAGACAUUUCUCUGAUGUCAAGCUCGACUAUAGUGGCGGCGUGCCUACUUUUAGAUACCUUGUAAAUGAGAUAGUUAAUAGUAUCGGCUUUGCGUUGUCUCGCAGAAAAGGAAGAGGUGUGAGGUAUGUUGUGUCGCCAUGGGACUGUGCCCCAACAAUCUUCUACAAUCGUUCUCAGACUAUGGCAAGAAGAAUGCGGGUUUGGUGGUGCCACACAAUACACAAAACUAAGGGCCGGACUGAGGAAACCAGAAACAUAAAUGGUCAGGGUUCCGAAGGUCUGGGUUCCGAAGGUCUGGACUCCGAAGGUCUGGAUUCCGAAGGUCUGGACUCCGAAGGUUUGGACUCCGAAGGUUUGGAUCGAUGGGAGUGCGAACGAGUCUUCUUGUACAGACUAGCUGAACUUGAUCGGCAAUCGGGGACGAAGUAUCUUGCAUCACAAAGUUAA